AUCAAGCACCUAGGCAUGCAGAAUACUUCUACAAACAUUUGUGAAAGAAUGGGCACUCUCAGUAGCUCAGUGAAUUCAAGCGUGGUACCGUGAUAGGUUGCCACCUGUGCAAUAAGUCCAUCUGUGAAAUUUCCUUGCUACUAAAUAUUCCACGGUCAACUGUUAGUGGUGUUAUAACAAAGUGGAAGCAACUGGGAACAACAGCAACUCAGCCACAAAGUGUUAGGCCACGUAAAAUGACAGAACAGGGUCAGCACACGCUGAAGUGCACAGUGCGCAGAAGUCGCCAACUAUCUACAGAGUCAAUGGCAAAAGACCUCCAAACUUCAUGUGGCCUUCAGAUCACCACAACAGUGCGUAGAGAGCUUCAUGGAAUGAGUUUCCAUGGC